GGCCCUGACGCCUGGCUCUGGUUUCACGCGGGCAGUGUCACGUCCUCCGCAGCAUCUUCCCAGGCCCGGCCCCCUCCUCCCCCCGCGCCGAUGGUACGCGCCGGCCCGGCCCGGCUGCAGUGGAUGUUGCUAGAACCCACGCGGUGGAAGGAAGAGACGCAGGCAGGCUGCGGCUACCCAAGCGGCCGCCCCGGCCUCAGAGACCCCUUCCCCGAGAGACGGCACCAUGACCCAGGGAAAGCUCUCCGUGGCUAACAAGGCCCCUGGGACCGAGGGGCAGCAGCAGGUGCACGAGAAGAAGGAGACUCCAGCAGUGCCCUCAGCCCCACCCUCCUAUGAGGAAGCCACAUCUGGGGAGGGGAUGAAGGCAGGGGUCUUCUCCCCAGCCCCCACGGCGGUGCCUCUCCACCCAAGCUGGGCUUAUGUGGACCCCAGCAGCAGCUCCAGCUAUGACAGCGGUUUCCCCACCGGAGACCAUGAGCUCUUCACCACUUUCAGCUGGGAUGACCAGAAAGUUCGUCGAGUCUUCAUCAGAAAGGUCUACACCAUCCUGCUGAUUCAGCUGCUGGUGACCUUGGCUGUCGUGGCUCUCUUUACUUUCUGUGACCCUGUCAAAGACUAUGUCCAGGCCAACCCAGCCUGGUACUGGGCAUCCUAUGCUGUGUUCUUUGCAACCUACCUGACCCUGGCUUGCUGUUCUGGACCCAGGAGGCAUUUCCCCUGGAACCUGAUUCUCCUGACCGUCUUUACCCUGUCCAUGGCCUACCUCACUGGGAUGUUGUCCAGCUACUACAACACCACCUCCGUGCUGCUGUGCCUGGGCAUCACAGCCCUUGUCUGCCUCUCAGUCACCGUCUUCAGCUUCCAGACCAAGUUCGACUUCACCUCCUGCCAGGGCGUGCUCUUCGUGCUUCUCAUGACUCUUUUCUUCAGCGGACUCAUCCUGGCCAUCCUCCUACCCUUCCAAUAUGUGCCCUGGCUCCACGCAGUCUAUGCAGCACUGGGAGCGGGUGUGUUUACAUUGUUCCUGGCACUUGACACCCAGUUGCUGAUGGGUAACCGACGCCACUCGCUGAGCCCUGAGGAGUAUAUUUUUGGAGCCCUCAACAUUUACCUAGACAUCAUCUAUAUCUUCACCUUCUUCCUGCAGCUUUUUGGCACUAACCGGGAAUGAGGAGCCCUCCCCGCCCCACCGUCCUCCAGAGAAUGCACCCCUCUUGGUUCCCUGUCCCUCCCCUGCGCCCCUACAAGACCAGAUAUAAAACUAGCUGCCAACCCA